CGAUAGGCGUGAUAGGUUUGGGUAUGUAAAACGCGGGGCGAGAUAGAGAAUGUUUUUCGAUGGUCUGUGCACGGAUUGAAAGAAUAUCCCAAGUUUGGCGGCGAACGAGGGUCAUCGCCGCUACGAGGAGGUUAUCGAUGAAUCGUAGAAAGGUGGGGAGAUUUUUGUACGUCGUCGUGGUCGUCUCGCGGAAACGUGGAAGUAAAGCUCAGUAAAGCGUGGAAAACGCGUCGAAAAUCAACGGAACGCGGCGUCUCGCAUCGGAAAGAAAGGUCGGCGGUGCUGGUUGCUGGCGUUCGUCGUUCAACGAGAGGAAGGGUGCGCGACUUUGAAAUUGGAGUGUAGAAAAGGCUAGACGGAAUCGAGAGCGGGACGCUGGGUUGGCUUGAAAGCGCGAGCGCGCCAACUUCGAAUCGAGGAGAAACGAUCGAAAGAACGCGGCGAAGGUGGCACCAUGGGAGAGAAGAGUAUAGCGUGGGCGGUUCGAAGAAGCUUGAACGGAGGAUCGCGAAGACGGCGAUCUAGAUUGGUAUACGGAUUCGCCGCGUUGAUCAGCCUGGCCACGUUCGUUCUGUUUUGGUGCACGAACGUGUUUCGCGACGCGAUUCUCUCGAAUCUCGAGCUACGAAACGGUACGCCGACGUUUCUGAUGUGGCAACGGCCGCCGGUCGGCCUACGGGUCAACGUUUACGUUUUCAAUUACACGAACGUGCACGAGUUCGAGAGCGGAAACGCGAGCAAGCUGAAGGUGCAAGAGGUUGGCCCGUUCGUCUAUCGAGAGAAUUUCAGCCGAGCGAACGUCCGCCUCGACGAGAAUCGAACGGUCACGUAUCAGGAGGAGAGGAGCUUCCAAUGGAUCGCCGGGAAAUCGGAGAGUCAGAAGGUGAUCGUACCGAACGUGUUGCUCAUGUCGACGCUCGCCUACUCCCGAGAUCUCAACUACCUGCUGCAAAUCGGCUUCACGAUGCUUCUGGCUGGCUUGAAGUUACGCGCGAAACCGUUUCUCGAAUUGCCGGUCGGCGAAUUCUUUUGGGGCUACGAAGACGAACUGUUCGAAAUGGGCAAACGGUUUCUACCGUCGCGAAAGUUCCUACCUCACGAUAAAUUUGGAAUUCUGGCAUUCAGAAACGGCUUGAACGCGGAUCGCAUCACGAUGCACACGGGAAUCGACGAUCUUCGGAAUCUCGGGCUGAUCCAGCGAAUCAAUGGACGCGAAAGUCAUCGAGUGUGGGAAGACGAGAGAUGCGACCGAAUCUACGGUACCGACGGCAGCAUGUUCCCACCGGACUGGAUCGAACAGCCAAACGCCACGCUUUACGUCUACGCGAAAGAGUUUUGCAGGCCAUUGCCGUUUCGUUACGAGCGUCGCAGCUUCUCCAACGGUAUUCCCACUUUAAGGUACAAAUUACCGAGCAACGUUUUCACGUCGAGCCGCAGCGAAAACUCGUGUUUUUGCCCGAAGGAAUCGUACGAUUCGAUCACCAGAGUAUGCCCUCCAGCUGGAACGUUGAACGUUUCCGCUUGCAACUCCGGAUCACCGUUGAUCGUCUCCUUUCCCCAUUUUUACUCGGGCGACGAGUCCUUGUUCCAGAAGAUCGAAGGACUGACACCCCGAGAGGAACAUCACGGUAGCUACGUGGAUCUGCAUUCGCGUUUGGGCGUUACAGUGGCUACCAGAAUGAGAUUUCAGCUGAAUCUAGAAGUACGAAAAGCGGUUGGCAUGCCGUUCUCGGGAAAUCUCGAAGACGGCUCGAUCCUGCCCUUGAUCUGGAUCGACACCAGAAUGGACGAUCUGCCGGAAUCGAUUCGCCAGAUUUUUUAUCGCGGUCACUACCUGGUGAACGCCAUCGAGGCCGGAUUUCAAUGGUGCAGCCUGGUCGGUGUCGUCAUCUCGUUCGGUGCUUUUCUCGCCGCUUUGAAGAGAGAAGACGAAUCGAACGACGCGAAACCGGUCGUCGACCGAACCGAACUCGAUCGGCUUUGACAGUUUAGCUACCUACCUUGUCCGUGUUCGGCUAAUAUAUACCACCGAUCCCUUGUCCUGGCGCCAACCUCGGGCCCCGACUAAUUCGCGUCGGUUCAAAUAAAGAUCGAUCGCGCGAUCGUGCAAAGAGGUCGCUCUUACGCGCUCGGAUCGCGCGAUCAUCGCCACAGUCCAAUCAUUAUCCCCGGUCUACUCCCAUACUCCCCCCGCGAUCGUAUCGUAACAACUAUAGGCGUUUGUCCUCGCGCGUUCUUCGAUUACCCAAGGAAAAUCGCUUCGAAAAGGCAAACGAAGGCCCGUUGCAACCGCGAGCACCACGCGAGUUUCGCUUCGAUGCCUCUCCGCGUUUCGGCCUACCGAUAACCUAGGUCGCAUCCAACGACAACUUCGAAGAAACCAGAUAAACGUUCUCGUCGUCUUUCCCGCCUCCUUCAAUCGCGAACGUUCGUGCGAACGUUUAACCAUCUAUCGCAACAUCUGCGACAGCUUUCGCGACCGUAUCCACCGACUUUUAUCCGUGAAAUCAACCGUUAAACAAAUGCUUGUCGCACACGGUUUUAUUGUAAAUUUCCACGACGUCGUUCGAAAUCGUCUCCAAUCGAUCCGAUUUCAAAACUA